AACAACUAGCCCGCAAAACCAUAUUUUCAUUUUUCAGAUUGAUUACAGGAUGAGUUCUUCUAUCUUCCUUCUAUGUUGCCUUCUCAUAUUUUCUUUAUAUUCCCUCUCCCAACACACAGGCUACUCUCUAGAUGCUACUCCAACACGGAAGUUGAGCAUGCCAGCCCCUGUCCACGACCUCAAAACCCAGUAUAAAAUGCAGGGAGCAGACAAGGCAAUGGAAAGUACCCCUGCAAACGAAGAUUCCAUGACACCAGAGUAUAACAGCAACAGUUACAGUCCCCAUGAUCUUGUCUUUCAUAUAGAUUACCAUGGAGUAACAACUCAUCCAACUCCUAAACAUCCCAAACCAUAGGCUGCAACUUUAGUUUUGCAGCGCGAGAGAUUUAUUCAAAUAUGUAUUCUUGUUUUUAUCAAUAUAUAAAUAUAAAUGAAAUGCGUUGUGUGGGAGAAAAAAAA